CCCUCCCCCCCGCACCCGCUCCUCGUCUUCCCCGGGCCGCGGCCGCCUCCCCGGGGGCGGCAGGAGGAAGGCCGGGGCGUGGGGCUCUGGCGGGCGGUCGGUCGGCGCCCAGGGCGAGCCCAAGAUGGCUGGAGGCGGCGGCAGCGGGGGCAGGCGCGGGGGGCUGUGCUGAGCGGCCCCGCCGGGACGGGACGGCUCGGCUCGGGCUCCGGCUUGACUCGCCCCGCGGCCCCGCAGCCGCAGCCCCUCCGCAGAGCCCCGCCGUGCGGGCGGGGGAGGCAGCGGGAGUGGUUUUGUUCCGGUGACUUUAUUUAAUUUUUUAAUACCUUUUUAUUUUUUUUAAUUAUUUUAUUUUUAAUGCGCCUCCGGUCUCCGUUCUCCAGCAGGGCAGCUCAAAAUGGCUGAGGGCUGACUCGGCUCUCCCGGAACCGCACGCUUCGGCCGACUCCUCCCGGCUGCCCGCCGCCGCCUCGCCCUUUCCCGGCGGGGCCGGACCGGGGAAGCCGCGCCGGGGGAAGGCGCUCCGCGGGCGGCUCGGACACCCGUCCCUCUGCCCCGGGACCCCCAGCUCCACCGCAUUGUUACUGUCGGGGGACUGCGUCCCCCCGGCCGGCCAUGAGACCGGGCUAGGUCGGAUCCUGCCCACCCCCGGACGCCUUUUUUUCCCCCAGCGCCGGUGGGAAGUCGGAGCAGGUUGAUUCGGGGUUUAGAUCCCCCCUUGGCAAAGCCCAUCCUCUCUCCCAUCCCUCUCCGGGAGCGUUGGAGGAGGCUGGGAGGGCUGCGCUGGGCUGGGGUUUGCUCUGAAUGACCGAGCUCUCCCAUUCAAGACCUCGCAAUCUUCGAAGCGGGCGAGAGGGUGGUGUUUGGUUUUUUUUUUUUCUUUUCUUUUUCCUGUCUUGUCUUUUUUUUUUUUACUCCGUUUUUUUUCUUUGCUCCUCGCCCGGUUUAGAAGCAAAUCUCGGGGGCUGCGGAGAGAAUUCGUUUUUUCGGCAUCGUCAUCAUCGCUAUUAUUAUUUUUUUUUUAACCUUCCUCCUUUUCCCAUUUUGGAUCUUAACCCUUUGAUCUAUUUCCUUUAAAAGACUCUGAUUCCCAACUCCCAUCAGGGGGAGAGGGAGGAGAAAUACAGGGGAGAAAAAACCCCUGAGCGAGUCCGUGCUCUCAGCUGUUAGCCAGGUUGGUGGGGGACAAAAGUCCCUUUAAAAUAUUGAAUGUCAGUUGCAAACCUAAGAAAAGAAAAAUCCGAUCCGGAGCGCUAAAUUUAGGAGCUUUAUAUGGAACUUGGACUCUGCUGCUGGAUUUUGUAUGGAUUUUUUUCAACCUUUGCGACAAGGACGUUGCGUUUUCUCACUGGAGAUUCCUAGAGUGCUGCUCUGUGGGUCUUUUUAUCCCCGAUUUUAAAAAUCUGCUGUGGUUUAUUAUUUAUCGCGCGUGCUGCGGGGAAGGGAGCCCAGCCGUUCACCCCCAGGCUUCCCUUUGCAGGGAGGACAGACCCCGGCGUCCGCCCCUAGACCGCACUGAGCGACCGAAGCGGGUGGGGGGGGGAAACGUCGCCAGAGGCUGCCGGCAGAGAUGGCUGAGAAUUGGAAGAACUGCUUCGAAGAGGAGCUCAUCUGCCCCAUUUGCCUGCAUGUCUUCGUGGAGCCAGUCCAGCUGCCCUGCAAGCACAACUUCUGCCGGGGCUGCAUUGGGGAGGCGUGGGCCAAGGAGUCGGGCUUGGUGCGGUGCCCAGAGUGCAACCAGGCCUACAACCAGAAGCCCAACCUGGAGAAGAACCUGAAGCUCACCAACAUCGUGGAGAAGUUCAACUCCCUUAACCUGGAGAAGCCCCCCUCCGUCUUGCACUGCGUCUUUUGCCGCCGAGGCCCGCCGCUGCCGGCCCAGAAGAUCUGUUUGAGGUGCGAGGCCCCGUGUUGCCAGUCCCACGUCCAGACCCACCUGCAGCAACCCUCCACGGCCCGGGGCCAUCUCUUGGUGGAGGCAGACGACGUGCGGGCCUGGAGCUGCCCCCAGCACAACGCUUACCGCCUGUACCACUGCGAGGCCGAGCAGGUGGCCGUCUGCCAGUUCUGCUGCUACUACAGCGGGGCCCACCAGGGACAUUCGGUCUGCGAUGUGGAGAUCCGCCGCAAUGAGAUCAGGAAGAUGCUGAUGAAGCAGCAGGACCGCCUGGAGGAGCGGGAGCAAGACAUAGAAGAGCAGCUCUACAAGCUGGAAUCGGACAAGCGGCUGGUUGAGGAGAAGGUGAGCCAGCUGAAGGACGAGGUGCGCCUGCAGUACGAGAAGAUGCACCAGAUCUUGGAUGAGGACUUGCGGAAGACCAUGGAGAUCCUGGACAAGGCUCAGGCCAAGUUCUGCAAUGAGAACGCAGCCCAGGUCCUCCACCUCAACGAGCGCAUGCAGGAGGCCAAGAAGCUCCUCAGCUCUGUCCAGGUCAUGUUCGACAAAACCGAGGACAUCAACUUCAUGAAGAACACCAAGUCUGUGAAAAUCUUAAUGGACAGGACCCAGAACUGUACAGGUGGCAGCCUGCCCCCACCCAAAAUCGGCCACCUCAACUCCAAGCUCUUCCUGAACGAGAUCGCCAAGAAGGAGAAGCAGCUCAGGAAGUUGCUGGAAGGUCCUCUGAGCACCCCCGUCCCCUUCCUGCAGAGCAUCCCCAUGUAUCCCUGCACCGUCAGCAACUCCGGCGCGGAGAAGCGCAAGCACUCCACCGCCUUCCCCGAGGGCAGCUUCCUCGAGCCAUCAUCUGGGACUGUGGCGAGCCAGUACAUGAGCCAGGGCGCUUCGGCUGGCGAGGGGCAGUCCGCACAAGCCAUGGUGCCUUGUAGCUCCACGCAGCACAUAGUUGGACUUCCCAGCGGCCCGCAGCCGGUGCACUCGGGCUCCGUCUUCAACCCAUCUCACUACCCCAACACCACGUCAUCUCAGCAGUCUGUGCUCUCCCAGUACGGCGGGCGCAAAAUCCUCGUCUGCUCCGUGGAUAACUGUUACUGUUCCUCCGUGUCCAACCACAGCGGGCACCAGCCCUACCCGCGGUCGGGGCACUUCCCCUGGACGGUCUCCUCGCAGGAGUACUCCCACCCGCUGCCGCCCGCCCCCGCCGUCCCCCAGUCGCUCCCAGGACUUGCCGUGAGGGAAUGGAUUGACGCAUCCCAGCAGCACGGGCGGCAGGAUUUCUAUAGGGUCUACGGCCAGCCGUCGGCGAAACACUACGUCACCAGUUAACCAUCACACUCUCCGGAGAGUCCCGCUCGAUGACGCGUUCGGAGAGAAAAGUCUGGUUUGGUUUGGCUUUUCUUUUUUUUUUUUUUGUCCCCUUCUAAAUCAAACCCAAUUUUUUCCCCACCUCAUGCCCCUCCAGGAUUUUGGGGAGGGUUGUUCUCUCAUCUCUCUUUUUUUUUUUUAAUCCUUUUAAAACAAAAUAAUUUUUUUUUUCCUUUUAAUUCCUUUUUUUAAUUUAAUUUUGGAAAGUCCUUCCUCCCCCUCGCUGGGAAAAGACGAGGGAGAAAUUACCGAGAAGAAAUUGAUGGGGAUUUCAGUUGGGCGUCUGGGUCUGUGCAUUGCGCUCUUCCUCGCUCCUCUCUGCCUUUGGAAAACUUCAGAAGGGACAAUGGCACCUUCUCUCUUUCCAUUUCUCUGAGUUCAUUUUUUCUGGUUUGGUUCAGUUUUUUCCCUUUCCCCAACCCUCUCUUUCCCUUUUUAAAAAGAAAAAAAGAAAAAAAUCUUAUCAUUGAUUCAGUAUGAAACGAUACUUGUAGAUUUUGGGUUUGUUACCUUUUUUUUUUUAAAGGCUGAUUUUUUUUUUUGUGUUACGAGGCCACUUCUCAUGCAUAUUGGCAUUUUUUUUUCCUUCUUCUUUCAGAGAUUUGUAAAUACACAAUGGCAGGAAAUUUAAUGCACAAAAAAAAAAGGGAAAAGAAACUUUAAAAAAAAAAAACAAAACACGAAUAAAUAAAUAAAUAAAUAAAAUCUGUUCUAGUUUUCAGGAGGGGAAGCGUGGCUGAAAUGCAUCCCCCUCCUGCGUAUCGCUGAUGCAACUUCCUGUAACAAGCACUUUGUAUAAAAAAAAAAGUGGACUUCCUGCUAUAAGGCACAGGUAUUUAUUCUGUAACCGAUUUUAGAACACACACACACACAAAAAAAAUAUUCAAAUAAAUGUGAUCACUUAGUGCAAA